UGGUGUAUACUGAAUCAGAUAUCGCUAAUGUCCAAUGUUUUAAGUGACACAUGCACAUAUUCUGUAUUCUGAAUCGAUUACAGGAACAUUCCUCAAAUGACAUUCUUCAAAUCAAGUAAGUAAGACUUGCUGGAAAAACAAUAGUACCCCUCAUAGAAUUUGUAAUGGUUUUAAUGGGAAUUGUAAUGGUUUGAAUAGAAUCUGUAAUGGUCGCUGUGGGUCUCUACUUCUAAUUUCUCGCCUUCUAUUAGCGGCAUGUUAUGCCUAGUGGGCUACCAUUAAGGACAUACAUCAUUAAUACGUCCUACACUACGUCACGGAAAGCAUAAUAAUGGUUUUAAUGCUUAAAAGCUGAUGGUUUGUAAUGGUAUUUGUAGUGGAAACCACUCGAGUUUCUGUGAUGGUUUCUGUCAUUUGUUUGUUUUUCAGCAGGGAAGUGAAACGGACCGAUUCUACAGCAACACACGGCCUACUGUCGAACAUCUUCAUUUUUUAAAACAUAUUUUACAAUAAGUGCCGUCUAAGUCUGUGAACGUUGUGGAUUUUUGUUGUUGUUGUUAUUAGCUGCCCGAGGAGUAAAGUGCAAAAUGAAGUGCGUGGGGUCGAAACGAAAUACUCUGAGGUUCCUUAAAAGACAAAAAGAAGAUGACCAAACAGCAUCCCAGGAUCUGAGGUCCCAGGAAACAGACAGAGCACUGGUCACACAGAUGCGUCGAUGGAGAGCUGUGGUGCUGCAGCGUCUGCGCUGGUCGAGUCAUGUGACCCGGGUGCUGGUGGUGUGUGUGCUGACGUUUGGCGUGCUCCUGCCCCUGUGCUGCCAUCGCGCUCUCUACUCCUACUACUUCCUGAAGUCCUGGUACCUGGGGCAGAGGAGUGAAGAGGUCCUGAGGCGGAGCUACGAGGAUGGGCAGGAGGCGCUCGCAUACUGGCGGGACAUGGUGGUGGGCGGAGCCGUGCAGGGGGAUGUCUCUGAGCGGCCGGAGCUGCUGGUGACAGUGGUGACGGCGCGCAGGAUCGAUGGGCUGCAGUAUCACUACCUGCUGCAGGUGAUGCGGCGGUUGGACAUCCUCCUGCAGGGAUGUGGCGACACCCCUUGUGCAGCUGUGUUGGUGUGUGACGUUGAAAGCGGUCCCCAGGAGAACGAGGACGCAGCGCUGGUGGAGAAGCGGUUCCACGUGGUGAGGCGGGGGAAGGGUGUGGACCAGGACGUGAACGUGUUUGAGAAGGAGAAGAGAGAUUACGUGUUCUGUCUGCGUCAGAGUGUGGAGACGAUGAAACCGAGGAACGUGGUGGUGCUGGAAGACGACGCUCUGGCCGGCGCCGACUUCUUCUCCAUCAUCCGCGAUGUACUCAGCCGCAGGUUCAUUUCACACUCGCUGUAUGUGAAAUUAUAUCACCCCGAGCGGCUGCAGCGCUACUGGAACCCAGAGUUGUACCGAAUCCUGGAGUGGGUGGGGCUCGGCGUGUUUGGGGCGUCGCUGAUUCUUCUCUUUCUGGGCUUCUUCCCUCGAUUCUCUCCGCCCUUCUCUGUGCCUCUCUUCCUCUUCCUGGUGGCCUACAUCAUGGUGGGGGCGGAGCUUAUAGGGCGACACUACCUGCUGGAGCUGAGGCGCAUUUCUCCGCAGCUGUACGCCGUGUCUCCGGCCACUGAGUGCUGCACGCCCGCCAUGCUGUUCCCGGGGAACACGUCCUCCCGCGUUGCCGAGCUGCUGGACGCCGCCACAUGUAUGAGGGGACACGCCAAGGACAUGGUGCUGUACCGCCAUGCAGGCUCUGCCCACAGUCUCGAACCCAACGCCGUACAGCACAUUGGGGCAUUUUCCUCCGUCAGAGUAAAUCCACUGAACCCACAACUCCUCUGAUCCACAAAUCUGCCCCUGUGAGGGAAAUGAAUCAGAAUCAAUCUGAACUGAAAUAAAUCUGAUUCAGUGUGAGAGAUCAGAGAAUCAGUCAGUUCCGAAUCAGAAUCUGUCACAAACCAAAUUAGUCAAAAUCCAGAAUUUGAUUUCGAAUCAGAACAAGCAGCAGAAAUGGUGAAAAUAAUUCAGAAUCAGCUGGAAUAUAAAUCCGAAUCAGACAGGAUAUGAAUCAGUGUGGGUUCAUGCCGUAGAGUUUAGCUCAGGUGAUUGGUGACGCAAAUAAACCUGAAGUGAUCAGCACUGGUUAGUAUUAGCAUUAUCAUUAGUGCCUCUGUUUCACUUUGCGACCUCAGCACAUGGGCGUGUAUCUAAUCUACAACAAUCAGAUAGAAAGAAAUCAAUCUCUCUUCUGCACUGUACAUGGAAGUGCCUUUAUCCUCCUGCGGGAGUUAAACCUGUGACCUUUGACCUUUGUGCUCCACUGAGCUCAGUGUAGACUCGGUGUUAAUACAUACUCUCGUCCUCCUGCAGACUAGUUUGACCUUUGACCUUUGUGGUGCUCAUCAUGCACACCAGACACCUUCAUCGCAAUCUGAUUGGCUCUCUGCUAUAUGCAAAUGAGUUGGACAGUGAUGUCAUAAUCAGGCAUCAGACACGGAAUUACAUUCAGCACUAACGAGUUUUAAUGCUCGGCUUUUGUACACUCUAGUGCACUUUGUAGUGUUUUUACCACACAACGGGUAAAACUUUAAUUUAAUUUAAUCUUUAAACUCCGAACCAAAACUCAGCCAGUGAUCCGAGAUAAUCUGGUUAACCUUUGUGCACUUGUGUGUGUGUGUGAAUGACUUUAUUUUAUUUACAAAGCUUACUUAUGCAACAUUUUACUGUUCAGUUUGCUAUGUUGUGUGUUGUAGUUUAAAUUCUGAUUCUGAAUGAUUGGAGGAUGAUUUAUACUUUGUCUGAACACAAGUGGAAGAUUUUUCAGGAAAAGUGUCAUGAUUUUGAAGCACAUGCACAUUUACUGAUACGAUGAUACACAAUAAACAUGAUAAACACAAUAAACACACAUCAAAUCCAACAAUACAUCAAGUUUCUCACUGAGGGACAUUAAAGAGUUUAAACUCUGAAUCUUUUUGUGUUGGUGUCAUGUUUACUGUAAUAAAUAAAUAAAUAUCACAUCCAUCAACAACACAACGUAA